GCGCAUGGACGCGCGUCAGUCUCCGCUACCGCUUAUGUUCACACAAGAAUUUUCACAGGCGAGAUUCUGGACAGCCAGAUGCUUCAUUAAAAUCUCAGAUCAUUAUUUAAGGUCCUCCGUGUGUUUUAAAGCUUUACUGGUAUUUAAUACCAGAACGUACAGAAAGUUUAUACGAUAGCGAGUAUAUGUAUAUAUAAGUUAGCCUUUCUUUAUCAUUAUCGACCGCUUUUGUUAGUGUACAUUUAAAACAAUACUGCUGUCGUCCGUUUUUGUUUCUCUAGCAGUCGAAUGGCCUCUGUUGUCACAGUGAAGACAGAGAAGCGUCCUGCCCCUGUUACCGAUGAUGGCGACCCUCUGGCUAAGAAGGCUAGGAAGUUGUUGCCCAGCCUGAAGACCAAGCGCGCCCCUGAGCUGGUGCUGGUGAUCGGGACUGGGGUGAGCUCGGCCGUGGCUCCACAGGUACCCGCUCUGCGCUCCUGGAAAGGUCUGAUCCAGGCGCUGCUGGAUGCUGCCAAUGACUUUGAUUUGCUUGAAGAGGAAGAGAGUCGUCGUUUCCAGAAAAGUCUGCAGGAGGACAAGAACCUUGUGCACGUUGCUCAUGACCUCAUCCAGAAACUUUCACCGCGGACGGGGAACGUACGGUCAACCUUCUUCAAAGACUGCCUCUACGAGGUGUUUGAUGACCUGGAAUGUAAGAUGGAGAAUGCUGGCAAGCAUCUCCUCAGCUCAGUGUUGCAGCUGAUGGAGAGUGGAGCUUUGGUCCUCACCACCAACUUUGACAACCUGCUAGAGAUCUACGCUGCCCAUCAAGGGACCAAGCUGGAGUCUCUGGAUCUCACAGAUGAGAAGAAGGUGCUGGAGUGGGCUCAAGAGAAGAGAAGGCUAAGCUUGCUUCACAUUCACGGCGUUUACACCAACCCCAGCGGUAUCGUACUGCAUCCUGCCGGCUACCAGAACGUUCUGAGGAACACUGAAGUCAUGAGGGAGAUCCAGAAACUCUACGAAACCAAGUCGUUUGUGUUUCUAGGCUGCGGGAGGACGGUGGACGACACCACCUUCCAGGCCCUGUUCCUUGAGGCGGUCAAACACAAGUCCGACCUCGAACACUUCAUGCUGGUACGGCGAGAGGAUGUUGGGGAAUUCAAGAAGCUUCGCGAUAACAUGCUGGACAAGGGCAUUAAGGUCAUCUCGUACGGAAACGAAUACGCCGACCUGCCGGAGUACUUCGAGCGGCUGGCCAACGAGAUCUGUCACCGGGACGUGGAGCGGGAGGCGGCGACCAACGGUUGGGGAUCUCCCAUCUUACAAGGUGAUAGCCAGAAUGGUUUUAUAACCCAGAAAAACCUCCUGCAAGACUACCACUCGUGACGCAAGUGGCAGUCUUAAGAACAUUUCCACAGCUCCCUCUGCCCCUCAGGUCUGAUGUGACUAGAUCUUCACGCACAACAGACUUUCACUGUGUUUCAUGUGAUGCGAUGUCGUCACAAGGGAAAGCGUAGAGAAAGCACCACCAAUGAAACUGAACUUCCUCAUCUCAAAGAUAUGUUUAUGAAACUGUGGGUGUUUGUGGGAUGGCUUUAUGUUGUGAUUGUUAUGUUUGGACCAGGAAUGAUGUUCAGGGCAAGUGGGAUCUUCAACAUGAGAUACGAAAUGUGGUUUGGCAAUUACAGAGGGCAAAACGGUGGGCGAACGGUUUAACAGGAGUCUUAACAUCUCAUGUCAACGCACCAGCAUUAUCAUUGAAGACAUUGGGUGGAUCUCAUGAACACUGGGAUGAAAUAUUACCCACAUAUGUGAAAAAUAAAAUCUAAUCUUUCAUUUGAUUAAUAUUUACAGUAUUCCAAUGCAAAAUCAUCUUGAAAUUGUCUUGUGGUUUUGUGGUUUAUUGGAACCGUACGUUUUUUGUGAGAUUCACCCAGUGAGCCAGUCUGUUCUCUAGUUGGAAAGAAAUGCAAUAAACACCUUGUGUGAUUCAAAAUGCAUGCGAUUUCUCAGGCUAUAUUUAGAAACAUCUCAGCUUUCCUUGUUCUACAUGAAAGGGUCACAAGACAAAUCAAGACAUUAAAAAAUCAUUGCCCUCAAGCCACUUUGUUUUACAUUUCAAUACACCUUUUUUGCACUUUGAGUCAUUUUCCAUUCACUCUUAAAUGCGUCGCUUGAAAGAUAUGUAAGCAGUUGUUUAUAAAACUUUUGUACUUUACUACACCGAUCAGCUGUUGUGUCAUCUCUGUCCAGAAAUGUCUUAAGGUAUUUAUAUGUUAUUUUAAAAUAAAUCUGUUUCAUACCAAA